AUGUCGAUAACAAAAUUACGGUCUCUCACGGGCCGUUCCAGCUCAAAAUGUAUCUCGCGACUUUACUCAAAUGGAGUCUACGAACGUAAUUUCAGUGAUAAUGUAGAUAUAUUCUUACUGUCGUUUUCCCUCCUAGAUCUGGUAAUAACCAAUGCAUGUAAUAAAAACAAUAUACCAAUAAAGAAGUUUCAAUGCUAUGUUUCGAAGUUGACAGAUCCAUGGGCGAACCUUGCCUUUGAAGAGUGGGAACACCAGAUCCCCAUUAUAAGAAGAAAAAGUGGUGGUGGAUCUGUUUUCCAUGAUAUCGGUAAUACGAACUAUACCUUAAUAACGCCACGAAAAAAUUUUACUCGCGCGUAUGCCGCGGAAUUAGUAGCGAAUGCCGUAAAAACGAGACUUGAUAUACCUGCCUAUGUCAACGAGCGUCAUGACAUUAUGAUUGAUAGCUUUAAAAUAUCCAUUUUCUUGAACUGGCAUUGUAACGCCGAAUAUACAAGAGCUUACCAUCAUGGUACAAUGCUCAUUGACACGGAUUUGAAUCAAAUUGGACGGUACUUGAGAGUUGGGAAAAAAAAUUUAAUUACUAAAGGUGUCCAGUCAGUUCCAUCACCAGUAACAAAUCUUCGAAAAUAUUCUUCGACAGUGAAUCAUCAUUCAUUUUGUAAAUCUGUUUUGGAAGAAUUUAGAGAACGUUGUUGUGACCAUUUAAAUGAUAUGCAGCCCGUAUAUGUCGACGAAAGUAUGAUCUCUGAAAUCCCAAAAAUAGUUGAAUAUCUCGAGGAACUCAAGUCGUGGGAUUGGACGUUUGGUCAAACCCCAGAGUUCACACACGAGUUCGAAGAGAGUUUCACAUGGGGUCAUAUGAAAGCGUUCAUCAAAUCUAGAGAUGGAAUCAUAACCGCGGUUACGUUAACUCCUUCAAAUAUUGAAUACGAAAACUUAUCGGCUAUACUCGAAGACUCUUUGGAGGGUAGCAAGUAUGACAACGAAGGAAUAACUCAAGCAGUGUCCAAAUCUCUAGUUGAUGUUCAGUUAUCAAAUACUAGUUCUAUUGGUGUCAUCACUCCGUCGACCUCCUCAUCGAUCCGUAAUCCUCAUGAAAUACUCAUGGAUAUUGGAAAUUGGAUUGUAAAGUCCUUAUGA